GAGCCGGGCUGGGGGCGGCUUUCCUCGCGGUAGCAGCCGAGUGGGGCUGCGCUCGGGCCGCGCUGCGCCUCGUGUCCGGCCGGGCCGGAGGGGCUGCGCCCUCGCCGCGCUGCGGGAAGGCCGCCGCGGGGUCCCCGCGCACGCGCCCGGUGGCUCUCCCGCCGCCGCCACUCCGCUCCUCGCAUCCCGGCUCGGCUCCCGCUCGUCCUGGGCUCAUCCUGGGGCUGAAUGGCUGCGACCCCUCUGGGCCGCUUGGUGCUGACCCACCUGCUGGUGGCCCUGUUCGGCAUGGGCUCCUGGGCCGCCAUCAACGGGAUCUGGGUGGAGCUGCCUGUGGUGGUAAAAGACCUUCCCGAGGGCUGGAGCCUCCCCUCAUACCUGUCUGUGCUGGUGGCACUGGGGAACCUGGGGCUGCUGGUGGUGACCCUGUGGGGGCGGCUGGCCCCAGACAAGGGCGAGCGGACCCCCAUCCAGGCCGUGCAGACGCUGAGUGUGACAGGCACAGCCCUGCUGGCCCCGCUGUGGCACCACGUGGUCCCGGUGGCCAGGCAGCCCCACUCGGUGGCCUUCCUCACCUUGGCGCUGGUGCUGGCCCUGGCCUGCUGUGCCUCCAACGUCACUUUCCUGCCCUUCCUGAGCGGCCUGCCGCCGCCCUUCGUCCGCUCCUUCUUCCUGGGCCAGGGCCUCAGUGCCCUGCUGCCCUGCGUGCUGGCCCUUGUGCAGGGUGUGGGCCGCCUUGAGUGCCUGCCGGCCCCUGUCAAUGGCACCCCCGGGACCCCCCACUACUUCCCAGAGCGCUUUUCCGCCAGCUCCUUUUUCUGGGCACUGACCGCCCUGCUGGUCACCUCGGCUGCCGCCUUCCAGGGCCUGCUGCUGCUGUCACCAUCACUGCCUUCGCCGCCCUCUGGAUCCACGGGGGGCCCACGGCCUGGCCUGCAGGGGGGAGCCCCAGGAGCUGGUCCUGCAGGGGGUGAGGAGGAGGAGGAGGCCUCCCCGCUGCAGGAACUGCCGUGCGAGGCCGUGGGCGCCACCCCCGACGCAGACCCUGAGGCCCCCCGGCUGCUCUCAGCCCGUGGCGCCUGCCUGCUGGGCCUGCUGGCCAUCACUAAUGCACUGACCAACGGCGUGCUGCCCGCCGUGCAGAGCUUCUCCUGCCUGCCCUACGGGCGCCUGGCCUACCACCUGGCCGUGGUGCUGGGCAGCGCCGCCAGCCCCCUCGCCUGCUUCCUGGCCAUGGGUGUGCUGUGCAGGACCCUGACAGGCCUGGGCGGACUCUCUCUGUUGGGCAUGCUCUUUGGAGCCUACCUGAUGGCACUGGCCAUCCUAAGCCCCUGCCCACCUUUGGUGGGCACCUCUGCAGGGGUCGCCCUUGUGGUGCUGUCGUGGGUGUUGUGCUUGGGCGUCUUCUCUUACGUGAAGGUGGCAGCCAGCUCCCUGCUGCACGGCGGAGGCCGGCCGGCCUUGCUGGCCGCUGGCGUGGCCAUCCAGGUGGGCUCUCUGCUCGGCGCUGUUGCCAUGUUCCCGCCUACCAGCAUCUACCGCGUGUUCCACAGCGGGGAGGACUGCGUGGACAUGUGUGGCUCCUGAGCCUGGGCCCUGGCCCCCGCCCCACCUGGCUUUACCUCAGGGCAGCCACAGUGCCUGAGUGCCCGUGGCCCAGGACGCCCCCACCUGAGCACACACAUGGACACCUGCACACUCCACAGGAGACCCUGGCACUCCAGGCCAGUGUGGGGACCAAAGAGCAGGCGCAGAGCCAGGGGGUGGCCUGGGGCCGUGGGCUCAGCCCCCUUGGCCUGGACCUGCUGUGGGCUUGCACAAUAAAAUGGUUUUUAGUCCUUGAA